GCUAUCCAGGCCACCAUCCAGAGACAUGAACAGACGCUAGCCACGUUCCACCAUCUCAACUGCUCUCUCCGAGAUGAGGACUACACUCCUCCCAACUCACCUGUAAGAUACAACACAACCCCUAGCCCCUAUCGCCUAGCUUCUAACCCCAGCGUAACCCUUAACCCCAGCAUCUAACCCCAGCAUAACCCUUAACCCCAGCAUCUAACCCCAGCAUAACCCUUAACCCCAGCAUCUAACCCCAGAGUAACCCUUAACCCCAGCAUCUAACCCCAGAGUAACCCUUAACCCCAGCAUCUAACCCCAGAGUAACCCUUAAUCCAUUUCCCUAGCUUCUAACCUCAGCCUACCACCUAACCCCUAGUCUCUAACCCAGCAUAGCCCUUAUGCCCUAGCCUCUAUCCCCAACAUAUCCUCCAGACUCUAACCCCAGCAUACUCCCUAGCCUCUAACCCCAGCAUACUCCCUAGCCUCUAACCCCAGCAUACACCCUAGACUCUAACCCCAGCAUACUCCCUAUACUCUAACCCCAGCAUACUCCCUAGCCUCUAACCCCAGCAUACUCCCUAGACUCUAACCCCAGCAUACUCCCUAGACUAUAACCCCAGCAUACUCCCUAGACUCUAACCCCAGCAUACUCCCUAGACUCUAACCCCAGCAUACUCCCUAGACUCUAACCCCAGCAUACUCCCUAGACUCUAACCCCAGCAUACUCCCUCUAACCCCAGCAUACUCCCUAGCCUCUAACCCCAACAUACUCCCUAGCCUCUAACCCCAGCAUACUCCCUAGCCUCUAACCCCAGCAUACUCCCUAGCCUCUAACCCCAGCAUACUCCCUAGACUCUAUCCCCAACAUAUCCUCCAGACUCUAACCCCAGCAUACUCCCUAGCCUCUAUCCCCAACAUAUCCUCCAGACUCUAACCCCAGCAUACUCCCUAGCCUCUAACCCCAGCAUACUCCCUAGCCUCUAACCCCAGCAUACUCCCUAGACUCUAACCCCAGCAUACUCCCUAGCCUCUAACCCCAACAUAUCCUCCAGACUCUAACCCCAGCAUACUCCCUAGCCUCUAACCCCAGCAUACUCCCUAGCCUCUAACCCCAGCAUACUCCCUAGCCUCUAACCCCAGCAUACUCCCUAGACUCUAUCCCCAACAUAUCCUCCAGACUCUAACCCAGCAUACUCCCUAGCCUCUAUCCCCAACAUAUCCUCCAGACUCUAACCCCAGCAUACUCCCUAGACUCUAACCCCAGCAUACUCCCUCUAACCCCAGCAUACUCCCUAGACUCUAACCCCAGCAUACUCCCUCUAACCCCAGCAUACUCCCUAGACUCUAACCCCAGCAUACUCCCUAGACUCUAACCCCAGCAUACUCCCUAGACUCUAACCCCAGCAUACUCCCUCUAACCCCAGCAUACUCCCUAUACUCUAACCCCAGCAUACUCCCUAGACUCUAACCCCAGCAUACUCCCUAGACUCUAACCCCAGCAUACUCUCUAGACUCUAACCCCAGCAUAACACCCUAGACUCUAACCCCCAGCAUACUCCCUCUAACCCCAGCAUACUCCCUAGCCUCUAACCCCAGCAUACUCCCUAGACUCUAACCCCAGCAUACUCUCUAGACUCUAACCCCAGCAUACACCCUAGACUCUAACCCCAGCAUACUCUCUAGACUCUAACCCCAGCAUACUCUCCAGACUCUAACCCCAGCAUACUCUCUAGACUCUAACCCCAGCAUACUCCCUAGCCUCUAACCCCAGCAUACUCCCUAGCCUCUAACCCCAGCAUACUCCCUAGACUCUAUCCCCAACAUAUCCUCCAGACUCUAACCCCAGCAUACUCCCUAGCCUCUAUCCCCAACAUAUCCUCCAGACUCUAACCCCAGCAUACUCCCUAGCCUCUAACCCCAGCAUACUCCCUAGCCUCUAACCCCAGCAUACUCCCUAGACUCUAACCCCAGCAUACUCCCUAGACUCUAACCCCAGCAUACUCCCUCUAACCCCAGCAUACUCCCUAUACUCUAACCCCAGCAUACUCCCUAGACUCUAACCCCAGCAUACUCCCUAGACUCUAACCCCAGCAUACUCUCUAGACUCUAACCCCAGCAUACACCCUAGACUCUAACCCCAGCAUACUCCCUCUAACCCCAGCAUACUCCCUAGCCUCUAACCCCAGCAUACUCCCUAGACUCUAACCCCAGCAUACUCUCUAGACUCUAACCCCAGCAUACACCCUAGACUCUAACCCCCAGCAUACUCUCUAGACUCUAACCCCAGCAUACUCUCCAGACUCUAACCCCAGCAUACUCUCUAGACUCUAACCCCAGCAUACACCCUAGACUCUAACCCCAGCAUACUCCCUAGACUCUAACCCCAGCAUACUCCCUAGACUCUAACCCCAGCAUACUCCCUAGACUCUAACCCCAGCAUACUCCCUAGACUCUAACCCCAGCAUACUCCCUAGACUCUAACCCCAGCAUACUCCCUAGCCUCUAACCCCAGCAUACUCCCUAGACUCUAACCCCAGCAUACUCCCUAGACUCUAACCCCAGCAUACUCCCUAGACUCUAACCCCAGCAUACACCCUAGACUCUAACCCCAGCAUACUCCCUAGACUCUAACCCCAGCAUACUCCCUCUAACCCCAGCAUACACCCUAGACUCUAACCCCAGCAUACUCCCUAGACUCUAACCCCAGCAUACUCCCUAGACUCUAACCCCAGCAUACUCCCUAGACUCUAACCCCAACAUAUCCUCCAGACUCUAACCCCAGCAUACUCCCUAGCCUCUAUCCCCAACAUAUCCUCCAGACUCUAACCCCAGCAUACUCCCUAGACUCUAACCCCAGCAUACUCCCUAGACUCUAACCCCAGCAUACUCCCUAGACUCUAACCCCAGCAUACUCCCUCUAACCCCAGCAUACUCCCUAGCCUCUAACCCCAGCAUACUCCCUAGCCUCUAACCCCAGCAUACACCCUAGACUCUAACCCCAGCAUACUCUCUAGCCUCUAACCCCAGCAUACUCCCUAGCCUCUAACCCCAGCAUACUCCCUAGACUCUAACCCCAACAUAACCCCAGCAUACUCCCUAGACUCUAACCCCAGCAUACUCCCUAGACUCUAACCCCAGCAUACUCCCUAGACUAUAACCCCAGCAUACUCCCUAGACUCUAACCCCAGCAUACUCCCUAGACUCUAACCCCAGCAUACUCCCUAGACUCUAACCCCAGCAUACUCCCUAGACUCUAACCCCAGCAUACUCCCUAGACUCUAACCCAGCAUACUCCCUAGACUCUAACCCCAGCAUACUCCCUAGACUCUAACCCCAGCAUACUCCCUAGACUCUAACCCCAACAUACUCCCUAGAAUCUAACCCCAGCAUACUCCCUAGACUCUAACCCCAACAUAACCCCAGCAUAACUCUUCAUCUUCUGUGGCUGAAAUGCCUUCCUCUGUGAGAUCCUAUUACUCUCUCUCUCUCUCUCUCUCUCUCUCUCUCUCUCUCUCUCUCGCUCUCUCUCUCUCACUCAGAAUUGUUCCGAGCUGGGGAAGCGUGCCCCCACUCCGAUCCGUGAGAAGGAGGUGACUUUGUGUAUGAAGUGCCAGGAGCCGUUCAACUCCAUCACCAAGAGACGUCACCACUGCAAAGCCUGUGGACAAGUACGUUUCCAAUCAAAUCAUGUUGUUAUGUACAUGUGACCUGAUGAUGUCAGUCAGUCUACUCCUGAGGAAGUAGACCAACUUAAUAUUAAAAACUCUUGAUUUAUAAAAGGAUUCAUAUAAUAAAAUGGAGUUUUACAUUUUCAUCAAUAUUGAGUGAGAGUUGCGCUUCUUCGGACGUUCAUGUGGUUUGAGCUGUACCUUGACUCUCAUUGGUUGAAACGCUGUCCCCCACAGCCCCCACCCCCGCAGGGGGCCUUUUGCCUUUUGGUAGGCCGUUAUUGUGAAUAAGAAUUUGUCCUUAACUGACUUGCCUGGUUAAAUAAAGGUAAAAAAAUAAUAAAAAUGUAACCAGCCAGCGAACUCAUUCCUUGUCCCCAGUCCUCGGCUCUCUGUCUAACUCUGUUUACUCCAUCAAUGUCCCCAGUCAACUGCUGAGAAAGUAGGGUUGACUCUCUUGCUCAAUACUUAAAAGAGUAUAUUAUAUUGAUAUGCAAAAAAAAAAGUAUGGUCAAAUCAAGAGUAAGUUGUGCCUAUAUAUUCUGAUGUUGAAGAGGAUGCACCUAAUCUUCCAUCAGUGGCCUGCCGUCAGUGAACUGCUUCUUGUCCCUCACACCUGAGCUCUCUGUGUAUCCCAGGUGUAAUACUUGUUAACAGUGUUGAGAGAUCUAACUCCUCUCUCUGUGUAUCCCAGGUGGUGUGUGGAAAGUGUUCAGAGUUCAGGGCCCGUCUGCUCUAUGACAACAACAGGGCUAACAGGGUGUGUAUCGACUGCUAUACCACCCUAGUGGGGGUUCCCCCCUCCCCCGCCAGCCUGACCUGCAGCAUAAACAGACGACGGUCAAUACUGGAGGUACGUAACAGGAUCCUGACUGCUGUAGAAAAAGGGAUACUUUGGGAUGUUAUCUACUUACCCAGAGUCAGAUGAACUUGUGGACACCAUUUUAAUUUAUCUUUGUACGGUAUGAAGGAAGUUAGAGGGAGUUUCGCAACCCAAUGCUAACUAGCAAAACAAUGCUAACUAGCGACCCAAUGCUAAGUAGCGACCCAAUGCUAACUAGCGUUAGUGCAAAGACUGUAAGUCGAUGGGAUCAGCUAGCAGGUGAUAAUAGAUAGAUUAGAAGACUUGAGGUCAAAUACAUAUCUUUCCAUCAGAUGCUUGUUGUGCUGGAGGUCCUGCCUGCAGGCCUUGGUCAAAUGCAUUACCAAACUCAGCCAAAUACAUGCAUUCGUGUCAAAUACUUUCCACAUUUGUAGCUGUACUGAAAAAGUACAAGGGAAGACUUGAGGAGACAAAAAGAUGAGAAAGAACAUUAUUCUGGUGUCCUGGAAAAUAAGACCAAGCUGCACAACAUCAAUGGAGAGUGGUCUCUAAUGCUGUGUGUGUGUGUGUGUGUGUGUGUGUGUGUGUGUGUGUGUGUGUGUGUGUGUGUGUGUGUGUGUGUGUGUGUGUGUGUGUGUGGUGUACAGAAACAGGCGUCGGUAGCAGCAGAGAACAGUGUGUUGUGUAGCUUCCUUCACCACAUGGAGAAGGGAGCAGGCAGAGGCUGGCAGAAAGCCUGGUUUGUCAUCCCAGAGAACGAACCACUGGUGCUGUACAUAUACGGUGCUCCUCAGGUGAGAUGACCUGUUAUUACACCCCAUUAACUGUUAUUACACCCCUAUUAGACUGUUAUUACACCCCUAUUAGACUGUUAUUACACCCCUAUUAGACUGUUAUUACACCCCUAUUAGCUGUUAUUACACCCCAUUACUGUUAUUACACCCCUAUUAACCUGUUAUUACACCCCAUUAGACUGUUAUUACACCCCUAUUAGACUGUUAUUACACCCUAUUAGACCUGUUUAUUAGACGUUAACACCCCUAUUAGCUGUUUAUUACACCCCUAUUAGACUGUUAUUACACCCCUAUUAGACUGUUAUUACACCCCUAUAGACUGUUAUUACACCCCUAUUAGACUGUUAUUACACCCCUAUUAGACUGUUUUACACCCCUAUUAGACUGUUAUUACACCCCAUUAAUUUAGACUGUUAUUACACCCCUAUUAGACUGUUAUUACACCCCUAUUAGACUGUUAUUACACCCCUAUUAGACUGUUAUUACAAUUAGACUGUUAUUACACCCUAUUAGACUGUUAUUACACCCCUAUUAGACUGUUUAUUACACCCCUAUUAGACUGUUAUUACACCCCUAUUAGACUGUUAUUACACCCCUAUUAGACUGUUAUUACACCCCUAUUAGACUGUUAUUACACCCCUAUUAGACUGUUAUUACACCCCUAUUAGACUGUUAUUACACCCCUAUUAAGUUAGCUGUUUACUUAACAGUUUACACCCUAUUAGACUGUUUUUACACCCUCUAUUAACCCUAUUAGACUGUUAUACACCCCUAUUAGACCUGUUAUUACAUAACUUAUACACCCCUAUUAGACUGUUAUUACACCCCUAUUAGACUGUUAUUACACCAUAGCGUAUUACACCCCUAUUAGACUGUUAUUACACCCCUAUUAGACUGUUUAUUACACCCCUAUUAGACUGUUAUUAGACUGUUAUUACUAGUUACACCCCUAUUAGACUGUUAUACACCCCUAUAGACUGUUAUUACAACCCCUAUUAGACUGUUAUUACACCCCUAUUAGACUGUUAUUACACCCCUAUUAGACUGUAUUACACCCCAUUAGACUGUUAUUACACCCCUAUUAGACUGUUAUUACACAACACACCCUAUUAGACUGUUAUUACAACCCCUAUUAGACUGUUAUUACACCCCUAUUAGACUGUUAUUACACCCCUAUUAGACUGUUAUUACAACCCCUAUUAGACUGUUAUUCACACAUACCCCUAUUAGACUGUUAUUACACCCCUAUUAGACUGUUAUUACUCACCCCUAUUAGACUGUUAUUACACCCCUAUUAGACUGUUAUUACACCCCUAUUAGACUUAUUACACCCAUUAGACUGUUAUUAACACACCCCUAUUAGACUGUUAUUACACCUUACUGUUAUUAACCCCUAUUAGCUGUUAUUACACACCCCUAUUAGACUGUUAUUACACCAUACGUAUUACCCCUAUUAGACUGUUAUUACACCCCUAUUAGACUGUUAUUACACCCCUAUUAGACUGUUAUUACACCCCAUUGACUGUUAUACACCCCUAUUAGACUGUUAUUACACCCCUAUUAGACUGUUAUUACACCCCUAUUAGACUGUUAUUACACCCCUAUUAGACUGUUAUAUAAAUACUUACCCCUAUUAGACUGUUAUUACACCCCUAUUAGACUGUUUAACACCCCUAUUAGACUGUUAUUACACACCCCUAUUAGACUGUUAUUACACCCCUAUUAGACUGUUAUUACACCCCUAUUAGACUGUUAUUACACCCCUAUUAGACUGUUAUUACACCCCUAUUAGCCUGUUAUUACACCCCUAUUAGACUGUUAUUACACCCCUAUUAGACUGUUAUUACAACCCCCAUUAGACUGUUAUUACACCCCUAUUAGACUGUUAUUACACCCCUAUUAGCCUGUUAUUACACCCCUAUUAGACUGUUAUUACACCCCUAUUAGCCGUGUUAUUAACACCCCUAUUAGACUGUUAUUACAAUUACAUACACCCCUAUUAGACUGUUAUUACACCCCUAUUAGACGUUAUUACACCCCUAUUAGACUGUUAUUACACCCCUAUUAGACUGUUAUUAGACUGUUAUUACACCCCUAUUAGCCUGUUAUUACACCCCUAUUAGACUGUUAUUACACCCCUAUUAGACUGUUAUUACACCCCUAUUAGACUGUUAUUACACCCCUAUUAGACUGUUAUUACACCCCAUUAGACUGUUAUUACACCCCUAUUAGACUGUUAUUACACCCCUAUUAGACUGUUAUUACACCCCUAUUAGCAUACACCCUAUAGACGUUAUUACACCCCUAUUAGACUGUUAUUACACCCCUAUUAGCUGUUACACCCAUUAGCUGUAUUACCCCCUAUUAGACUGUUAUUACACCCCUAUUAGACUGUUAUUACACCCCUAUUAGACUGUUAUUACACCCCUAUUAGCCUGUUAUUACACCCCUAUUAGACUGUUAUUACACCCCUAUUAGACUGUUAUUACACCCCUAUUAGACUGUUAUUACACCCCUAUUAGACUGUUAUUACACCCCUAUUAGACUGUUAUUACAACCCCUAUUAGACUGUUAUUACACCCCUAUUAGACUGUUAUUACACCCCUAUUAGCUUAUACACCCAUUACUGUUAUUACACCCCUAUUAGACUGUUAUUUACACCCCUAUUAGACUGUUAUUACACCCCUAUUAGCUGUUAUUACACCCCUAUUAGCUGUUAUUACUUUUAUCAACCCCUAUUAGACUGUUAUUACACCCCUAUUAGACCUGUUAUUACACCCCUAUUAGACUGUUAUUACACCCCUAUUAGACUGUUAUUACACCCCUAUUAGACUGUUUAUUACACCCCUAUUAGACUGUUAUUACACCCCUAUUAGACUGUUAUUACACCCCUAUUAGACUGUUAUUACACCCCUAUUAGCUGUUAUUUACACCCCUAUUAGACUGUUAUUUCACCCCUAUUAGACUGUUAUUACACCCAUUAGACUGUUAUUACACCCCUAUUAGCCUGUUAUUACACCCCUAUUAGACUGUUAUUACACCCCUAUUAGACUGUUAUUACACCCCUAUUAGCACUGUUAUUACCACCCCUUAGCUGUUAUACACCCAAGAGUAUACACCCCUAUUAGACUGUAUUACACCCCUAUUAGCUGUUAUUACAACCCCUAUUAGCUGUUAUUAACACCCCUAUUAACUGUUUUACACCCCUAUUAGACUGUUCAUUAACACCCCUAUUAGACUGUUAUUACAACCCCUAUUAGACUGUUAUUACACCCCUAUUAGACUGUUUUACACCCCUAUUAGACUGUAUUAACCCCUUAGACUGUUAUUACACCCCUAUUAGACUGUUAUUACACCCCUAUUAGACUGUUAUACACGCUUAGAUCGUUCAUAAACUUUACCCCUAUUAGUUAGACAUGUUAUUACACCUAUUUCUGUAUACAGACCUCUAAUGUUACACCUGAUUGAUGUUCAACCCAAGUUUAUCCCUCUGUUUACCCUAUCUGUCUGUCCUCUCUGUCUGUCCUUUCACUCUGUCCUCUCUGUCUGUCCUCUGUCUGUCCUCUCUGUCUGUCCUCUCUGUCUGUCCUUUCACUCUGUCCUCUCUGUCUGACCUCUCUCUCUUUGUCCUCUCUGUCUAUCCUCUCUGUCUGUCCUCUCUGUCUGUCCUUUCGCGCUGUCCUCUCUCUCUGUCCUCUCUGUCUGUCCUCUGUCCUCUCUGUCCUGCCCUCUUCCUCCCCUGUGUACCCAGGAUGUGAAAGCCCAGCGCUCUGUACCCUUGAUUGGCUUUGAGGUCUCCCUUCCUGAUUCAUGUGACCGCCUGGAACGCCGCUUUGCCUUCAAAAUCAGCCAAUCACACCUUACUCUCUACUUCAGUGCCGAUGGGGAGGAGCUACAGCGCCGCUGGAUAGAGGUCCUAUCACGCGCAGGGAGAGGGGAGGAGCUACAGGCUCACGGUUCAAUUACAGAGGCCCUAGAGGAGGAAGGGGAGGAGACUGCAACCUCGGGAGAGAAUACAUGA